AUGUCUCACCAGAAUGACAACGAGCUCAUGCAUGGCCUCGAGGCCAAUCAGACACUAUUCGUUCCCGGUCUUCCUGAUGAGGACCUAGCUCCCAUUCGACCCAAUCUCCACGAGCUGAUUACGAACCACGCGGCCCAACCCAGCACAACACGCACAAUCAUCACGCAUGCCGCUGUUGUUCGAGACAGCCGCCAAUGCAUUUCUUGUGGAGAAGUCCUACAAACCAAGACAGCUCUAGAUCGUCAUGGAUCAUACCUCCACCAGCCCUUUGCCUGCACCUGCGGCCAAAGGUUUGCCAGAUCUGACAACCUCUCUCGUCACUUGAAGGCCGAAAAUGGAGAACCCGACCAUCAUUGCCCACUAUGCAGCAAGCGUCGGGGGCAAAGCGCCUUCUAUCGCGCGGAUCACCUCCGCCAGCACCUCGUGGAAUACCACAAAUGCGACCCGGACGAAGUUGUUCUGGACGUUGCGCCUUCACGGCGCCGAUCGGGCUUUACCUUCGUCCCGCCUUGCCCGGCCCUUGAUUGCACCCAUUACCGGGGACAUGACUUCUUCCUCCUGCCUGAAGAGGUCCAGGAACAGACGAGGCCGUUUGCCAAGAACGCAGACUACCACAAACACAUGAGAUCCGUCCACAACCUGUCUCACUUUCCAUGCUUGGUCCCUGGUUGCGACAGGAUUGGGGCCAAGGGCUACUUUAGAGAAAAUGACCUCGUCAGAUAUCACCAAUCGAAGCAUGCCGAUACGCCGCUACAGGUUCAGACCCAGAUCUCCCCCGACUUUUACGUCUAG